UCGCGUCGUCGUCGCCGCCUCCGCCUCGAUCUCGUCCUCGGGCGGUGGCCAUGGCGGAGGACGCCACCAGCAGCCACCCGUCUCGCUACGUCAAGCUCACCAAGGACCAGGACGCCCCCGCAGAGGACAUCCUCCCCGGCGAGCUCAACCAACCAGUCCACGUCCCGCAGCUCGAAGGCCGGAGGUGCAGCGAGUGCGGCCAGGUCCUGCCCGAGAGCUACGAGCCGCCCGCCGACGAGCCCUGGACUACCGGAAUCUUCGGAUGCACCGACGACCCCGAAACCUGCCGAACUGGACUGUUUUGUCCUUGCGUGCUGUUUGGACGCAACGUCGAGGCACUUAGAGAGGACAUCCCCUGGACAACUCCUUGCGUCUGCCAUGCUGUGUUUGUUGAAGGAGGGAUCACGCUGGCAAUUCUGACAGCAAUAUUUCAUGGUGUGGAUCCAAGGACAUCGUUUCUGAUCGGAGAAGGUUUGGUGUUUAGUUGGUGGUUAUGUGCUACCUAUACUGGCAUUUUCCGUCAAGAACUUCAGAGGAAAUACCAUCUUAAGAACUCUCCGUGUGACCCAUGCAUGGUCCACUGCUGCUUGCACUGGUGUGCAAACUGCCAGGAGCAUCGCGAGAGGAGGGGUCGGCUUGCAGAGAACAGCGCGGUGCCCAUGACAGUUGUGAACCCACCUCCAGUGCAAGAGAUGAGCAUGUCAGAGAACCGUGGUCCUGUGGCCCCGGAGAAUGGAGCAGCCAAUACCGAGCAUGAAGCAGCAAAGGGCGAGCACGAUGACGUUGAGGUCAUUCCUCUAUAGAAAUGCUAGGACGGGUAGCGUUAAUUUCUUAUGAAUGUGAGGACCGAAGGAUGUUGAUGACGACAGAGGAGUCGAUCCAGCUGUCGGUGUUGUAUUCUCUUUGAUGUAUACUGGACGGGCUAGUUUUACACUUUGAGGACCUGCUCGUGCAUAGGUUAAUCGAAGAGCUAGCUACCUGUGCUGCUCGUGCGUAAGUUUUACUUGGAA